UUUCCAUUCCUGUAUCAUCAUCUCUUUCUAUAAAACUUCAUUCACUAGAGUUUCCUUUCCUGUAUCAUCAUCUCUGCAGUUACAGUAUCAUCAAAUCUUUCCCGCUCUGUUUCUAUAAAGAUUAAACUUUCCUUUCCUGUAUCAACAACAACAUCUCUGCGGUUGCAGUAUCAUCCCUAUCAUCAAAUCUUCAAUUUAGGCUUACCGGCUUAAUAUCGAUUACAGUUAUGGGUAAGAGAAGGAUUGAGAUGAAGAAGAUUGAAGACAGACAGAAAAGAAAUGUGACCUUCACUAAGAGACGCCAUGGCCUAUUCAAGAAAGCCGCUGAUUUGUGCCGUCUUACCGGCGCUGACAUUGCUCUGUUAGUAAUCUCACCUGGUGGUAAACCCUUCACUUUUUCUUCUUCUUCUAUUUCCUUGAAUGAUCUAAAUUAUAGGUUAAACAAUACCAUGAAUGUUAAAGAAGAAAAAGUUGCUGAUGAUGAGAGUACUAGGGUUUCUGAUGAUGGGUUUUGGUGGAAUAACCUAAACCCAGAAGAAAUUGAUAGUAUUGAAAAGUUAACGGCUGUAAGGAAUCAAUUACUUGAUGUGAAAGAGAAGGUUGCACAGAGAAAGCAAGAGUUGCUAGCAGCAGCAGAACCAAUUGCUACCUCUACUACUACUACUUGUACUUGUACUGUUGGAGAGAUGGAGGAGGAUUCUUCUCUGUUGGAGGAUGAUUUGGAAAAGUUAUUAUCAGAUUCCUAUGAUGAUGCUCAGAAUUGGUUGCCUUCUAUUGAUGAUUCGGGAAUGUUAUUUGAGGGUUUAGAUUAUUAUGAGAGUUGGUUGCCUGUCUGUUGAUUAUUUAGAGGUCAAUCUGAACUGAAUUUUUGAAGGAGUUA